AUGCAGGGCCUGCUGGGGAGGUGCCAGGAGAAGGAAGCAGAGACACACCCUCAAAGUCGGAAGUUGGGCUGGGCUUGUAGGCGCCGGGUGGGCGGUGGGGAAGGGCAGGCUGGGGAACGGCCCCGGGAGGGCGCUUGGCGGGUGGGCGGUGAUGGGGCCCCAGCGGCGCGCUCUGGGUCCUCCCGCCCGCCGGGUAGAGCGCCUUGGAGAGGUCAGAGAGAUCCGGGGUCGGUAAACCCGCGGCGGGGCGGUUGGGUAGGGCGUUCCGACAUCGUGUCGCAGGCGGAACUCGCGCGUGCACCUGAGCCUGGGAGGUGGCGGCAGAUGGGCAGGUGUGGUGCUUUGGAUGCCUGUGUGGUGAGUGUAAAAAAUGGCUAUUGGCCACAGUUUGAUGCCUUGCUGGAUUACAUGACUGGUCGGGAAAUAAUGGUCAUGUAUGCCAUGUUGUGGGGGGUUCCUGAGAAGAAGAUUAAACUAUAUGUGAAUAAAUCAUUGCAAUCACUGAAUCUGGAACCCUAUGCUGACAAGUUUAUUUAGACUUACAGUGGAGGAAACAAACGUAGACUCACCACUGCCAUUGCCCUAAUCGGAAAGCCCUCGGCUAUCUUCCUGGAUGAGCCAUCAACUAGCAUGGACCCAGAGGCCCGGCAUCUGCUUUGGAACACAGUGACAAAGACACGUGAAAGUGGCAAAGUCAUCCUCAUUACCUCUCACAGUAUGGAGGAAUGUGAUGCCCUCUGUACCAGGCUGGCCAUCAUGGUGAAGGGAAAAUUCAUGUGCCUGGGCAGCCCUCAGCAUCUCAAGAACAAGUUCAGCAGUAUUUACAUACUGAAGGCUAAGGUCAAGAUUGAUACAGAUGAGAAUAAAUUAGAGAAUUUUAAACAAUAUAUUGCGGCAUUUUUCCCAGGUAGGGAAUUAAAACACGAACAUCAAGGGCUCCUUAACUACUACAUUCCCAGCAAGAACAAUGCCUGGGCAAAGAUGUUUGAUGUUUUGGAGAAAGCUAAAGUGAAAUUCGAUUUAGAAGACUACCCCAUCACUCAGAUAACGCUGGAACAAGUCUUCCUGACCUUUGCUAACUCAGAGAACAUUGGAGUUGAUUGA